CAAAUCUAUUACAUUUAUUGAGCAUGAUAAAAUGUAAGGAAUGUUGCCAUGACUCCCCGCUAUUCCGGUACCCACUUUCUCUGUGAACAAAAUGCGGUCGCAGCGAGAGGAUGACUGCCUUCCGAUAUGUCGUUCUAAUUGAGACACUUAUCGUUCUGUCUCUUUCCGAGUCAGAAUUAGAUAAAACGGUCGCCAGCCCAACUCAAAAAGUUGGUCAUGGGACGGUAAAGAAAUAUACAGCAGGUUCAAAUGUGACGGGCCCGUUUUUUUCGUUAGAACCUAGUCCAGUUGAGGUGAACAGGACAGGAGGACAGGUACAGUUCACGUGCAGUGCGCGCGGAUACCCAGCCCCCGUUAUCGUCUGGUACAAGGACUCCCAGCGUCUCAUCCCGAAGGGACACAUCAGUGACGCCGCGGUGGACGGCCUUUACAACCACCGAAUACUGACUAUAACCGGUGUCCGCCAUAACACGGAUGCCGGAGAGUAUUCGUGUGAAGCAGAAAACAAGAUGGGGGUUAUUCGUUCCCGUAAAGCAACGCUGACUGCGCCUUAUUUCCUGAAAGACCAGGAUUACUUCACCAAGAACCCUCUCCCCACCUACACCGCCUCCCCCGGGCAAGGAACCAUCAUCCACUGCGAGUUUGACCCUGCAGCUUCUUGGCCCCAAGCUCAAAUCUUCUGGAGAAAGUAUUCUACUCAGUUGAUAGAGGAUGAACGGUUUGAUAACAUUUGGCCCACCGAGUCAAGGUUUAUCUCCCAACUCAAAGGAACCAUGGUCAUCGCUCAGACCAAAUCGGAGGAUUCUGGCACUUAUAGAUGUGGAGCUCGAAAUGCGAUAAUGGGAACGAUAUCAGAAUCUGAUAAAGCUCGACUCGUUGUUGAAUCAGGUAGAAUAGAAGAGGUACCCGCGGACAUAUACGUGCCGCUGGAUAACAUUGCGGUUGUGAGUAGGAGUACGGCAAUAUUGGAGUGUAUCCCGUAUGGCACACCAACCCCUACCAUCCGUUGGUCCAAGGACGGAGGUGAGUUACCUGAUCGAUCUAUAGUUAGCGACAACACGGUUCUCCUGACUAUACCCAACUUUGGAUCUGACGCCGAGGGACGGUACUACUGUACAGCUAUUCAGAACAACGACAAAGUCAGAGUCAGUCUCAUUGACCUCACUUUAUUGCAGCCACCAGAAUUCCCAUUGCCGAGCAGAAACCUGACCGUUAUGGAAGGGGGAGAUCUGAACGUUCCGUGUGAUUGUUUAGGCAUUCCCGAGCCGGAAGUUACAUGGUUCAAGAACACCGAACCUAUUAAUAACAACAUUAACGAAGAUAAAUCUCUGACACUGUUUGACGUGAAGGCGAUAUCGAGUGGGAUGUACCAAUGUCACUGUACCAAUGAAAUUGGGAACGCCCAAGCUACUUUCGCUGUCCAAGUCAAAGGCCCUGCUAAGAUAGUAUCAGAAGCAGUUGAUAAGAGUGUAGGCAGAGGAACUGAAGUAACGCUCACGUGUGAAGCUCAAGGUUCCCCCACACCUAGCAUCGUGUGGUUAAAGGACAGUAGAGCCCUGCCUUCUGAUUCCAGGAUACGGCAUCAUGAGAACCUCUACGAGUCCACUAUUUAUAUUUCAGAUGUCAGGAUCACCGAUAAUGGCGUCUACGAGUGCAAGGCAAUAAACGAGAAUGGAGAUGAUAGUAUUUUCAUCAAGAUCUCUGUUUACGGUCCUCCUUAUAUAAACGUCAAACCUAAAGACACCGUCGGCAUCACUGGUUCUGACAUUCUAGUGCCGUGUGAAGCGACAGCCGAGCCUGUACCCGUGAUCACGUGGUACAGAAACGAGCGAGCUCUCACCUCAGCUGACGUGGAUAAGUAUGAGUUUACAGAACAGGGACUUAAGAUUAAGGACGCUCAAGCUGUUGACGGUGGAAGCUUCAUGUGUCAGGCGUCAAACUCUGAGAACAUGGUCAGCUCGAAGCCGGUCCAAGUGACAGUUUACAAUGUCCCCACAAUAACUCACGCCCUCCCCACAAAAACUAACGUCACAGCUGGACAAAAGAAUCUGCUGUUGCACUGUGACAACGGCACCAUUACUACUAUAAAAAUCUUUCCAACGGACGAUCUUGUAACGAGUAUCAUAACGACCACUGAUGACAGCGCUGGUGAUGGCAACUCUAACACCGAUACCCUCACCAUCGUAACCGAAAGUGAAAGUGAAAGGGAAACUAAACCUCCUGAGCCCACAAGCACGGAUGUCUAUACUGAUACUGAAACUGAAACUCCUCCCACUACUGAUAUCACUGAACCUCUCACCACCGCCCCCACUACUGAUGCUGCCCCAAGGGUUGGCCGUGCAAAUGUUAGAACUACAGACACCGUACAAGAAGAGGUAGUUAGUCAUACUACUUCCAGCCCUACAGCGAGUGUUACAGAAGGUGGUGGUUUUGCAGACCUGAGAAAAGUAGAGAUCAUUGAAGAGGAUGUUGUUAGUGAGGAUCACCCUGGAAGUACAGAGAUCAUUGGAGAGGAUGCUAUCACUAAAGAUUUUGCAACGUAUCAGUGGUAUAGGAGAGGUAUCCCCCUGCUAAAAGUCUACUACGAGGGGGGCAAUACACCUAGAAUAGAGACUCGUAAAGGUAACGGACUGUUCUUUAAAACAGUCCUCCCAGAAGACCAGGGAGAGUACUCUUGUAACGUGUCCAACCCUGCCGCUAAAUCCAGUGUAUCUGGGUACCUUUAUGUGGAUGUCAUGCCCAUUAUCACGUACAUAUCACCUAAUGAUGAAGUCAGGGAAUACGAGAGUUUUUGGCUGGACUGUCUUUAUGAGGGUGAGCCUACUCCCACUCUACAGUGGAAGCACAACAACGCGCCACUUAGAAGAGAUCACGUUAUUUUCCCUAACGGAACUCUCAAAAUCACAUCUGCUACGAGAUUUGACAGCGGAGCUUAUCAGUGUACUGUUACUAAUAGACAGGGCUCCAGAAGUAAAGACGUGAUAAUCACAGUUCGUAGCAAGGCCCGAAUAGAAAACAUCCCCUCUCUCCAAUAUCCAAUCACCGGAGAGCGUUCCACACUUAUUUGUGAAGUUUCCGGGUAUCCCUUCCCCACCGUCGAGUGGUGGAAAAACGGAGUCAGACUUCAAACGAACACUUAUAACCAAAACGGGUUUUCAAAAGUCGGAAGUAACCUCAUAAUUCAAGACCCUGAAAGCACGCAGCACGACGGACUCUACACGUGCAAAGCGAGCAAUGACUUCGGUUCAGACAGCUCGGUAACUCAAGUCCGGGUCUACGAUCUGCCGAGUGUAACACGCGUUUCGGGGUGUGACAGUGUGACAGCUGACAUGGAGUGCUCCAUUGUGUGUGAAGCUAGAGGGAAGCCUCUCCCUGUUCUUACCUGGAGGUUUAAGGAGGGAAAUGAGACUGUGAUAGCUCAGUCAACUAAUGAGAGAUAUUAUGUGAGAUCCAUGGACUCGGAUAGUUCGGUGCCGUAUAGGGAACUCACGCUUACUUUUAAGAAAGUACAGGGAUCUGAUUCUAAGACGUAUUUCUGUCAUGCCGAAAACCCUGCUGGUAAAACCUCCACUGCUCACCAAGUAAAAGUACGAUAUCAAGCUGUGAUAGAGUCUCCUCCCCUGCCCACGUACGAGGUACCAAUAGGAGCUACCCUGACCAUCACGUGUAAGGCACGUGGUGAGCCGCUACCUCAGAUAAAAUGGACCGGCCCCAAGGGGACGUUGCCUCCCAACGGAAGGGCCACUAUUGACGAGAACAGUUCACUAAUAUUAAUGAACAUACAAAACGACGACGAGGGAGAGUACACGUGUACAGCUGACAACAACAAGGUCGCUAACGACUUCGACUUCGAUGUCGUUUCCAGUUCUACUACUGUCAAAGUUACCAGUAAAGGUACACCUCUCACAGUGAUAGACAACCCCAUAGAAACGUGGCUAAUCGUCGUGAUCGUCAUCUGCGUGUUUGUCGUCUGUAUAGUCGUCUUCGUCUCCGUCAAGAUGAUCCGAGACAAGUCUCGAGAAAGGCGCAGCUACAAACCAACUCAAAACACACUCAAAUCUUCAGCGGAAGAAGCAAACUAUCAGUUUGAGACUGUAACACCGAAACCUGUAAUGUUUCAAGUUCCCAUAGACACUUCAAAUUCUCUGCCUAUGUAUAAUUUAAGGACACUAAACUGGGCAGACAAGCAUCCACCAAACAAUUUUCAGUCACAGUUUGACGACGUGGACAGACAAUUACAGGGUCUGCUUAAAGACCUAGAUAACCCCAAGUUGGACAACUUGGAAAGCGAUAUAUGACAGAUCAAACCAUGCAACGGUGCGUCGUGAGCACGUGCAGGUUUCUGAAGUUAGCCUGUUCGUGCAAGCGACGUGCGCGCGCCCUUAGGAACGAGAGCUAGCCGCGUGACGAUUGAUGAUGAUGACGAUGUUUUUAAAGUUAUAUUUGUAAAAAUAUUUUCAGAUCUUAGGAAAUUUUGUAGCACACUUACACGCGCAAUUUUGUUUACGUUCUAUACAUGGGUUGAACAUAGAAAACGGUUAAUACUGGAACUUUUAAUAUAGCUAUCGUUAUCUGGUUUAUUUAAAUUCUGUUCUCUGCCUAUUUACUGUUCAUUGUGAGUUGUGACGUUUCCUGGGUCACUUUUUCAAGGCUCUUUAGUGACCAAGCUUUUAAUUUUUUAAGAGACUCCACUCAAUAAUAUUUUAAAUGUUUUUUAGCGCAACAGUGUUAUACAGUUAACAAGAACUGGAAUUUGUUGAUAUAUAUUAAAUUUAAUUUGAAUUUAGGUUGCUCAUAAAAUAAAUAUAUGUGAUGUAUCUAGUUUUGAAGGUGAAAUACUCGGAGAUAGGGUUCAUAAUCUACAAUUUACAUCAUCAACAAUGUAGGUAAUUCAUAUUUAAGCUUCACCAUUUAAGAAUUUAUUAUAGUGUGUCGAAAAAAUGGGUCGGUACUUCAAAUUUAUCUUCAAUAUCUGCACUGUUCAAUUUUACUAUUUUCUAAUAUCAAUAAAAUAAAUUGUUAGAUGGUAUUGGACUAAGAGUAAGAAUGUUCACGGAUCGAAACGUUGGUUGCCUUCUGUUGUGUUGACUUUGCAAUCGUAUUUAUUUCAAGCUUCUUGAUUUAUUAUACAAUAAACGUUUUGUUAAAAAACUGAUAAA